AUGUCUUCUUGUAGACUUGAUAAAAAUGAUGAAGACGAUGCAGUCGAGAUAGGUGAUGAUAAAGUCGGGACAGGUGAUGGUAAUGCAGACGAGACAGAUGAUGAUAAUACAGACGAGACAGAUGAUGGUAAUGCAGACGAGACAGAUGAUGAUAAAGCAUACGAGACAGAAGAUGGUAAUGCAGACGAGACAGAUGAUGAUAAUACAGACGAGACGGAUGAUGGUAAUACAGACGAGACAGAUGAUGAUAAUGCAGACGAGACGGAUGAUGGUAAUACAGACGAGACAGAUGAUGAUAAUGCAGACGAGACAGAUGAUGAUAAUGCAGAUGAGACAGAUGAUGAUAAUGUAGUCGAGACAGAUGAUGGUAAUGCAGACGAGACAGAUGAUGAUAAUACAGACGAGACGGAUGAUGGUAAUACAGACGAGACAGAUGAUGAUAAUGCAGACGAGACAGAUGAUGAUAAUGCAGAUGAGACAGAUGAUGAUAAUGUAGUCGAGACAGAUGAUGGUAAUGCAGACGAGACAGAUGAUGAUAAUACAGACGAGACAGAUGAUGAUAAAGUCGGGACAGAUGAUGAUAAUGCAGACGAGACAGAUGAUGACGAAAACGAUGCUAAUUGCAGUGCUGGUGAGUAG